AUGGCGGACAUCGCGUCGCUGGGUGAAAUGCUGAAGACGAUGGCCGAGGCUCAGACAAAGCAGCACGCAGAACUACUUGCUCGGACAUCUAAGACUGAUGAAGCGAUCGAGGGUCUGCUCGCUCUCAAGCCUGCCGUCGCGGCGCUGGAGACCAACGUAGCCGACCUUCACAAGAAGAUGGACUCGAAGUACGCCGAGUGCAUGGAGGCGGUGGAGAAGUUGAAGAAGGACAUGACCAGGAGCUCUGCUGCCCUUUCGGAUGCAGGGGUGACCUACCACAUGAAGUCAGGAUUCUCGAACUCAAUAUCGAUCACGAACGAGAAUGACGUCUGGGACCUCGUCCGCGUCCACUCUGAGGGCACGGCUGUGUGGAACCAGACCGACUGCGAGGACUGGGGCAUCACAGCUGACCUCAUGGCCCCCAUCACCAACAUGCUCAACCUCA